CUUAUAUUCUAUCAUAAGUAAAUGAAUUAGUACUAUAUAAUUAUUUUCAUAAAGCUCAAUUAUUUUUAGUCGAGAUGGGUUGUGUAAGUAACUACUACUGUUAUAGAAAUCGUCCCUGAGGCUCGUGUGUUGCGGCACGGGUGUCAUGUACCCAGCAUAGCAACUAUCCCAAAUAGGAAAGUCCGUGGAGUAGUUCGGUACGAAGUGACAGGUGCCACAUUUUAAUUUGUAAUAUGAAGGCAAAACGUACGAAUGGGGGUGAAAAAUUGGGGUAUAAAUAGAUGAAGAAAUCGUUUGGUAUCUCUGUUGAGAUCAAUUGAAUUAAUUCAUUCUUAAAAUAAUAACUAAUCAUUUGAAUACAUAAUUAACAAUCAUGUCUAUUCUUACUUCAUCAAUUGAAUUGACUAAAAAGUCUACCUAUAAAUUGAACAAUGGUCUUCAUAUCCCAGUUGCUGGUUAUGGUGCUUAUUUAGUUCCAAAGGGUAAAGCAAGAGAAUUAACUUAUGCUGCUUUAGUUGCCGGUUAUAGACAUAUUGAUAGUGCUGUCUACUAUGGAAGUCAAGAAGAAUGUGCUGAAGGUAUUGAAAAUUUCAUUAAAGAUCAUCCUCAUGUUAAAAGAGAAGAUAUUUGGUUUACUACAAAAAUUACUAAUCCAGCUCAUGGUUAUGAAAAUACUUUAAAGGAAGUUAAAGAAAUUGCUUCAUUAGUUAAAAAACAUAUUCAAUAUAUUGAUUUAAUUUUAAUCCAUUCUCCAAAAUCUACUAAAGAUAAGAGAAUUGGAUCAUGGAAAGCAUUACAAGAAUUAACUAAUCCAACUAAUGAUAUUAUUCAUGUUAAGUCUAUUGGUGUAUCUAACUUCGGUAUUGCCCAUUUAGAAGAAUUAUUUGCUUGGGAAGGUUUUAAAAUAAAGCCAGUAGUUAAUCAAGUUGAAUUACAUCCAUGGUUACCAAGAUUAGAUUUAAGAGAAUACUCAAUCAAACAUGAUAUCUUAUUGGAAGCUUAUUCACCAUUAACUCAAGGUUAUAAAUUAAAUGAUCCUGAAUUAUUAGCUUUAGAAAAGGAAUCUGGAAUUCCAAAAAUUGAAAUCUUAUUAAAAUGGUCUUACUUGCAAGGAUUUAUUGUGUUAGCAAAGACUGAAAAGAUUGAAAGAAUUAAACAAAAUUUUGAUGUCCUUCCUGAUGCUAAAGACGAUUCUGAAGAAUCUGCCAAUUUAGGAGUUGUCAAAUUACCUUUGGACGUAUUACAAGCUUUAAAUAAGCCAACCUCUAAAGAAGUUUUAACUUGGGGAGGUGUUGAUCCAACCUUAUACAAGGAUGGUGAUGCUUAAUUAAAUAAAUUAAAUAAAUAAAUUGAUUAAAUUAAAUGUCUAUAAAUGAAUUGAAUUAUGUA